CUCCAAAUAAAUACAGUAGUUAAAAUUAAAACCUGCUUCUUCGAAAUUCAUCUCCGUCGGCUCGUUCCCGCCGGCCUCCACGAUCGCGUCUCCGCUUCUCCAUCUUCGCAUCUCGAAUCGAACUCGCUCCCACACUUGCUCGCCUGUAUAUCCCGUUGUCUCAAUCUCCGAAAUCCUGAAUGGUGAUCCACGACAAUAUGAUCAGAGUAUUCACCAGUCCUAUGAAAUCAAGUUUCAGAAAUCUUUUUCAUCCCAGAAGAAGAACAUACUGCUCGAUUGAAACAAAGAAAGACAUAUUAUUCGACCCCACAAAACAAAUAUGCAAAAUCAUGAUGUCAUGUCCAAAGCUAGGAGUUGCAACUGCACUUGAUCAAAGUGGUAUAAGGCCAUCACCAGAAGUAGUAGAACAAGUCCUUAAAAGAUUCACAAAUGCAGGCAUGUUGGUGUAUCAAUUCUUUGAUUGGGCAGGUAAGCAACGUAACUAUGAACAUUCUAUAAAAGCUUAUCAUGCCAUGAUUGAAUCUUUAGCCAAAAUCAGACAAUAUGAAAUCAUGUGGGAUCUUAUAAACACCAUGAGAACCAAAAACCUACUCAAUAUCGAGACUUUUUGCAUAAUUAUGAGAAAGUAUGCAAGAGCACAAAAAGUCGAAGAGGCAAUCUACACCUUCAAUAUCAUGGAAAAAUACAACACCCCUCCAAAUUUAUCAGCUUUUAAUGGUUUGUUAAGCGCAUUAUGUAAAUCAAGAAACGUAAGAAAAGCCCAAGAGAUUUUUGACACAAUGAAAGAAAGAUUUAAACCUGAUCAGAAAACUUACAGUAUAUUAAUCGAAGGGUGGGGAAAGGAUCCCAAUUUGCCUAAAGCAAGAGAGAUUUAUAAAGAAAUGGAAAAUGACGGAUGUACCCCUGAUAUUGUCACAUACGGGAUCAUGGUUGAUAUUUUGUGUAAAACAGGUAGGGUAGAUGAAGCUAUUGAUAUAAUAAAAGACAUGGAAUAUAACGGUUGUGGGCCCACAUCCUUCAUAUACAGUAUUUUAAUUCACACAUACGGGAUUGAAAACCGAAUCGAAGAUGCUGUUGAUACGUUUCUUGAAAUGGAAAGAAACGGUGUCCAUGCUGACGUGGCAGUUUACAACGCGUUGAUUAGUGCAUUUUGUAAAGUAAACAAGGUUAAAAACGCGUAUAGGGUUUUAAACGAAAUGGAAUGCAAAAAGGUGAAUCCAAAUUCAAGAACUUGUAACAUUCUUUUGAAUCAUUUGAUAGAUAGAAAAGAAAGUAAAGAGGCGUUUAAGGUUUUCAAAAGGAUGAUCAAGAUUUGUGAACCUGAUGCGGAUACGUAUACGAUGAUGAUUAAGAUGUUUUGUGAAACGGGUGAUAUUGAAAUGGGACAAAAAGUUUGGAAGUAUAUGAAAGGGAAGCAAUUUGUUCCUAGUUUGCAUACUUUUUCUGUUAUGAUUAACGGGUUGUGUGAAAAUGAAGAUGCUUCUGAAGCUUGUGUGUUAAUGGAGGAAAUGAUUGAGAAAGGAAUUCGACCACCGAGGUUGACUUUUGGGAGGUUGAGAAAAUUGCUUUUGGAUCAAAAGCGUGAUGAUGUGUUCGAGUUUUUACAACAAAAGUUGGACUUAUUAGUAAAAGAGCCAUUAUGCGAUUGAUUAGAUGAAUGCUUCGAUUUUGUUAUUCGUGUUUGGUGGGCCCCUCUCUUAGGACAACAAUCAGGUGGGCCGUUGUAUAUCUGAUUUAUAUCUGAGAUGAUGUUUUUUGGGCAGUGCAGUGUGUGUCAACUCAGGAGUUGUUGAAUGUCACAGUUUGUCUUUUAAGUUCUAGGUUUAUUUAACCCUAUAGUUUAAAUUUUAAAUGUAAUAAUUAUUAUGUGCAAUAUUAUGUUAUAUAUUAAAUUGAUAUUAA